GAGAUGCAGUGGCGUAUCAGCUGUCAAACGGAUGGCCGUCAUACGUAAAUAUUAGGACCAGUUUAACUGUGUUACACUUCACAUCAUGUGGGUCAACUGAGCAUCUGGAGUUGAAACAGAAGAAUGGCGCCAUCACAUGACAGUACGCUGCGGAAGAUGGGUGAAAUGUGGAUUAAAGACUCGGGUCAGCUUUUGUCCAGCGAGUAAAAUACUGCAUUCCAAGUAACAUGGUUUCAGCAGCGGUCCUGGGUUGGGGCGGGCUGGUGCUGGCGCUGUGCCUGACGACGUUCGGCGUCUGGUGGUGCGCCACACUCGCCGUCUGCCUCGCCGUCUUCAUUGUCGGAGGCCUCACACUGCUCUACCUGCUGCACUGGGAGGCGACGCUCAAGUACACGGCGGACCUGUACAGGAGACGUUCGCACGACAUCCGGCCGGGGCUCUCCAGGGUGGUGUCGGCGUUGCAGGCGGCGCAGCGGGAGCCUCCCCGGCUGGACCGGCGCAUCACGGGUGCGCAGGCGGUGGACGAGACGCUGCAGGAGGUGCUGGCGCUGGUGCUGCGAGACUACCUGCAGCCCUGGUACAACCGCCUGAGCGCCGACGACGAGUUCCCGCGCGAGGUGCGCCGCACAGCCCAGCGCCUCGCCGUCAACUUCGCUGGCAGGGUGAAGGAGGUGGACUGGAUCCCGUACCUUACGACGCGCCUGGUGGACGACGCGGCGUCGCACCUGCGCCUCUUCCGGCAGGCGCGUGGCAAAGCCAAGCAGCAGCAGCAGCCGCCACCGCCGUCUGGCGUGGGCUCGGAACCGGUGUCGCUGAUGUCACUGCCCGGUGGCGGUGGCGGUGGUGACGCGGCCUCUAAAUCUGGGGGCGCCUCGCCGGUGUGUGAACACCUUUCGGUGCCGCCUUCCCAGCACCAACACGGCCACCGCCGCACCGGCUCGUCGGUGUCGCUGGGCGCGAACGCGACCCCACAGGCCGGGGGCUCCGGCAGUGGAUCGCACUCCCCCCAGCAGCACCCGCAGUCGCAUCCGCAUCCGCAGCCGGAGCUGGAGCCGCUCUUCUUCGACCUGGAGGUCACCAUGGAGGGGGGCGACCUGUGCCGCGACCUCGUCUGCACCGACCCGGAGUACGAGAAGCAGUUCUUGCGCGACCUGUCGGAGGUGGUGAUGUUCCUGCUGCUGCCGCCCGAGGACUUCCAGUGCAAGGCACUGCGCUUCCUGCUGCGCGAGCUGCUCGUCUCCUCCGUCCUGCUGCCGCUGUUCGCGCUGUUCUCCGACCCGGACUACAUAAACCAGAUCAUCGUCUGGCUCGUGUGUAAGGAGAUCCCACUGACGAGUGAAGCCUUCCUCACUGCGCUCCGCGUCACCGACAACCGCGACGAGCUGACGGCGACGAGGGAGAUUGUUGUGAGGGAGAUUGCACAGCUGAGGUCUCGCGACUCUGGCGGGGAGGACGACACGUGGGUGAAGCAGCAGCUGAGCUCCCUGCAGUACCUGCGGAAGGUUGUCGACGCGCGCCUCCAACGCCUCAAAGACGGUGCCGACUCAGAUUCGGCCGGAUCGGAUGGGGUAGUUUGCACCCCAACGUGUGCCAGUGUGGACGGGAGCCUGGGCGUGCCCGUGCCCGUCCCCCCGGACUCGGGUUCGCCGGAAGGCCUGCCGUCGCAGCUGGACUGGGGGCGGCUGGUGCCCUCUGGGGGAGCCGGCGGGGUGCGGCUCUUUUCACUGCCGCUGGAUGUCGUGCUCAAGAACAACGUGGCACUCUCCUACUUCAUCGACUACAUGACCAGCAUCGGGGCACAGGCCUAUCUCUUCUUCUACCUGAAUGUCGAAGGUUGGAGAGUCUCGGCCGAGCAGCAGAUAUCGGACCUAGAGCUGCACAAGAUGGGAGCUGGCGUGACGGUGGCGGGAGCGGCGGCACCGUCCGGGGGCGUCGUGGCCGGAGGCGGCAGGAAGGCGGGCGACGCUCCGCCCCUGGCACACCAGCCUCCGCAGCCCGACAGCAUGCGUGAGGCGGCCUACAGCAUAUUCGAGCAGUACCUCUCUGAAAAGGCUUCUCCCCGGCUCCGCCUGGACGAGACGGUCGUGAGGAAGCUGCUCUUCCGCAUCCGCACGGAGGCGCCGCACGAGACCUGGUUCGACGAGGCGCAGGCCGCCGUGUACGAUAAGCUGCAGACGGAGGAACGCUUCCUGCCUGGGUUCCGUGCUUCGGUGGGCUACGUGCGGCUCCUGGCGGAGCUGGACCUGCUGAGGGAGCCGGGGUCGGGAGGCGCGGGCGCCGGCCCUGGCGGGCACGGCCACGGCGACGACGAGGAGGACUCGGCCGAGAGCAGCCUCUCCGACAACGUCAGCCUCGCCAGCUUCGAGUCCGACUCUGCCACUGUCCCCGCGACGGCGGCCGCGGCCGCCGCACUGCUGUCUGACCCGCUGGUGCUCCACGGUACAGGGUCCACACUGUCCCUGCCCGGUCCACCCACGGCGACGUCGGGCAGCGACUGCGGCUCCGUUGCAUCGUCCGUGUCUUCGGCCGCUUCGGCUGCCGGCAGUCAGUUCCUCGCCGAGAAGAGGCAGGGUCCGUCUUCCCUCACUGCCGAGAUCAUCGAAACGGGCAUCGUAAAUGACCGCGGCAAGACGUACGGCAUCUACGCGGUGUCCGUGUCCCGACGCUAUGAGAUAACGGGCCACGUCGACAAGUGGCACGUCUACCGCCGGUACUCGGACUUCCACGAGCUGCACUCCAAGAUCAAGGACAAGUACGGGGACCUGGGCAAGUUGACGUUCCCCGGGAAGAAGACGUUCCACAACAUGGAGCGUGCCGUGCUGGAGAAGAGGAUGAAGAUGCUCAACGACUACCUGCAAAUCGUGAUGCAGCCCGGCGUGGUGGGCUCGCACCCGCAGCUGCGCGACCUGCUGGCUGCCUUCCUCGAGCAGGGGGACUAUGGCGGGGGUGGCAGCGGAGGUGGUGGGGGCAGCUCCGGCCUGGGGGUGGCGCAGGUCUCCCAUGCGCUGGACAGCCUGGUGGUGAACCCAUUGAAGAACUCGAUGAGAUCGGUAGGCCAGGCGGUGCGCACGGUGCCCGACAACCUGCUCAGCACCGUGGACGGCGUCGUGGACGGGCUGAGUCGCGUCUUCGGCAGCAGUGCCACCUCCGGCAGCAUGUCGGGCUCCUCCCACGGCUCCGGGAGUGCCUCGUCUCUGGCGGGGGCGGCCGCGACACCCGCGCUGUGCGAGGCUACCAAGGUCGGCGCCUCUAUCGACACGGAGACGGCAGACAACAUCCCGCUGCGCAUCAUGCUGCUGCUGAUGGACGAGGUGUUUGACCUGAAGCAGCGCAACCAGUGGCUGCGGCGGCGCAUCGUGACGCUGCUGCGCCAGAUCAUCCGCACCAUGUUCGGCGACAUCGUCAACCGCCGCAUCCUCGACUACGUGCUGCUCAUGACCAGCCCGGACCAGGUGGCGGACUACCUGCGCGCCUUCAAGCAGGCGUUGUGGCCCAACGGGGCGCGGGCGGAGGGGCGGCCGCCCCGGGACGAGGCGACGCGCAGCCGCACUCGCGUGGCCGCCAAGGUGGCGCUGCUGUCCAGCCUGUCGGACGAGCUGAAGCACAUAAUCGGGAGCGAGACGGCGCGGCGCGGGCUUCUGCGCGUGUUCGAGCUGUUCCAGAGGCCGGUGCUCAACCGGCGCCUGCUGCACGUGCUGCUGGAGGGAGUGCUGCGGACGCUCUUCCCGGACAACAACCUCGAGCAGGUUUUCCGGAGGCUGCACUCGCGGUCUCCACGUGUCCCUCGGCAGUCGUCGAGCGGUGGGCAGCUGAAGGGAGCGUCAAAGGGUGGCGGCGGGGGUGGAGCACCUCCGGAGCUGGGGUUGCGGGGGGAGGCGAUUGCCGCCCGGACUCGGUGAUAAGAGGGGUGCGUAGGAGCCCCCAGCUGUGGACCGGACGCUUCUGGGCCCAGGUCUACUCCUGAUGCAUUUUCCCAAAACUUUUAUAGUUCCGCAAUUGUUUCAAAAUGUGCCCAUACGUCCAGUCGGUGAGAAAUCUGUGAAGUUAAGUUACAGUUAGUACAAAUUGUGCAACGAUCUCGGCUUCGGUGGAAAGUUUCUGAGCUGAUUGUAGAGUUUGUAGCGAGUGCAAGACUGAAUUCCCGGUGUCGCUUAGGACACCGGUAGGGCUGUGACGGUUUGUCUUUCACGGGCAGUAUCAGAACGUGCUCGGCCUGCGAGGUGAUGUAGAGUUGGUCACGAAGUGGUGGCAGCUGGUGUAUGGAAUGGAAGUAUUGUGUAACGAAGUUGAAUUAAUGGCUUGUGAGUAUGUGGGAGAGUGUGAGGUUCCAGGUUGUGUGGUACUGGAGAAAGGAGAGUGGCAUAGUGUAAGUGCUGCAGCUUGCCUGAGUAACUGUGUGUUUGGUAUUAGUGGUCCGCAACUGUGAAGGAUUUAUUGUACAGCUGCCUAAUAACUGAAAACUGUGAAUGAAUGUUGUAUUGUAAAGUAAUUUAUUAUAGUCUUGCCACUAAUAACAAACUUUUUGUCAUUGAGGUGGCCUGCAAGUUCAGCAAAUCGUGUUAUGAAUGCUGUGAGGGAAGCAUAUCACACUUCAAUUAAAAAUGGUAACAGAUGUCGUAUAUUUCUCACUUCAAUGGAAGUGAGUAAUUUUAUUAUGAAAAGAACUGUUUCCAGGAGACCAGUAAUGUUGUAUAUAAAAUGAUUCAAAUGAAAAUAUGUACUAAUUAAUGUUAUGUUGUAGAAAUCGUUCCACAGAAAUUGUACAUCUUUUUUUUUCUGUCUUUUGCAGUACCUCCUUCCCGCAAAAUAAUUAAUUCACCUCUCUCUCUCUCUCUCUCUCUCUCUCUCUCUCUCUCUUUCUUCUUGAAAACUUCUACAAGUGUGGUUUUGUGGGCGAUUCUAGCAUAAGUUUCUGGCAAACAAGUUUUUGUGUGCAUUCUUAUACGUGGCACCCCAAAAUAUGAUAAAGCAGCACAGUGCAUCUAAGUGAUUACAUGACAUUUCUUCUAGGAGUAAUGCCUGUUCCUCAAAUUUUUUACAGAAAUACAUUAUGGCCAACGCACUCUGCAUAGUACAAGCACAUGCUGUGAUAACAGCUUUGGUCAGACGACUUUCUCACCUGAGAGUAAAUGGUUGUCCGAUCUAGUCAGCUCUGCGUGUCCAGAAAAUGAAAGCUUUGAGUCUGACAGUUCAAAAAAUAUAUAGGUUUUUACAUAGAGUUUGAAGAAUUAUUGAAAAACAUGCUUACAAGCAGUGCUGUUUAAAUGGUCUCCAUUUUAACUGGUACUUUUAAAAGAAAAUAAACAAAAAGUAAUGAAGUUACUGCUGGUGCCAAACUUAAAAAGAUGAGUAUUAGUAUAGUAUAAACUUGCACACAACUCUAGAAUUUUGUCAGCUGCUGUACAUUAGAUUAUAAGUCUUCAAAGCACCAAACGUAAUUUAGUAGUGAGUUAUUGAUAUCUGUGUGUAUUAAGUGUGGAUGCUUUUUGAGCAAGAGAAAAAGAGAUAUAUUUAUUUUUGUAUUGUUCUUUGUGUUUGUGGACUGCUUACCAAUUUAUGUUAUGGUCCUAAGCAGAGGAGACUAUGUUGUUUUUAAAUGGUGCUUAGCAAGUGAAAGUAUUAUUAGUUGUAAUUUUCUGUGAGAAGAAAGAUGAUAUUUAAUCUUUAUCAGUGUGUGUAUUUGCAAAUGUAUGUGUGCUGUGUGAAGUUAAGCUCGUGGUACAGAUAAAUUACUGAGCACUAGACUGCCAAUGUAGGAUGUAGGGAUUAAAAAUAAUCAUUAUCCAUUUAAAUAUGUAUUCAGAACUCUGUCGGGGUCAAUUAAUUUGUCAGCCUGGGUGUAUUCUCAGGAGCAUUUCUCUGUGUGUUUUAUGUUGUUAGCAAAAAACCAGCUUUAGUGACUAUGCAAAUGUCCAUCAGUGACUGUUCAGUGUUUGCCAUUAAGGAACUGUGUCAUCGUGAGAAAUAAAGCAUGCGAAAAUUUUAUUUUCA